GGAAAAAUGACGUAGUCCCUCCCUCGCGCUUGCUCUUCCCUUCCUCCGGUGGUCGCGUUGUACCUGUUGAUUGAACUCCCGUUCCAUCCCACUCCAUCUCUCUCGCCUGCUCCUGCGUAUGUAGUUUGGCUGCUGAUCUUCAUUGCUCUGUCUCUGUCUCUCUGUGUGGUUGCUCGGAUGUGUGCCUAAUCAUGUUUGCCCGAACCCCAUGUCAAAAGGAAGGAACUUGCCUUCUUUGUGCUGCAUUGGCUGGUGUCACGCUCGCUGUAAUCUGAGUGGCUGCUUUUAUUUGCUAGAAAGGUGUCUCCUGUGUAGCAAGAUGUUGAGGCAAGCGUUUCGCAACCUGUGCACUAAUGGCGUUCUAGUGCGUGGUGUUGAUGCCUCUCGACACGGUGUCUUUGUGCCGACAUGCGGUAUCCACAGUGGGCAGCCUCAUUUAGCACCAAGAAGUUUCUUUGGGGUUGAAGACUAUUUGGAUGAUAACAAUAGCCGGCCAUACACUUACCAAAAGGGGAAGAAGUCCAAGAAUCCGAAUAAGCAUGUGUCCUUCAAACAGCGCACCAUAGCCUACAUGGAGCCAUUCACGCUAGAUGUUUUCAUCUCCAAGCGCUUCGUCUCAGCUUCACUGACUCACAGGGUCACGUGCAAGCAGGUCGCUGUUGCGGGUACCAAUUCUAAGGACAUCAAAGCUGUACUCAAGUCUCGAUCGGACAUACCUGCAUGUUUGGCUGUAGGCCAGAUUUUGGCGGACCGGGCGAGGGAAGCUGAUGUGUACACUGCUUCCUAUACUCCAAGAGAGAGAGACAAGUUUGAAGGAAAAAUCAGAGCAGUAGUUCAGUCUCUGAUUGACAGUGGCAUCGAUGUUAAAGUUUAUCUUGACUGAUUUUCCCUCCUUGAGCAUGAUCUUGUUUAUGGGCACAACUCCUAAUGGGAACAUACUGACAUCUUUGACAUUGUUUUGAGAAUACGCAGGAUGUUGUGUUGGUUCAUUUGCUGGUUACGUAUAGAUAACUGUGACUAUUUGUUUAUCAGUAGAAGAAUCAGAAUUCGUUUUGGCUUUGUAGAAACAUGUACCUUCUGGAUUCUUGAAUGAGCAUUGUGAUGGCUAUCAUAGCUUCAUA